CCCAACUGACCGAUUAUACUUCCCCAAGGAUCGACUAUCAUACUAUGGCCAUAACUACUUCUCUUGUUGUUAUGCUUUCCAACUUGUGCAGCAGCUGCAAUAUAUACCUAUAUCAACUCUUGCUCUCAAGAGAACUUCCCAGUGAGCUUCUCCGCCUGCUAAACAACUGUACAAUUCUGGAAAACGAACAUCAUAACUUUUCCAAUCCCACAUUACCAAUGGGAGUAUUAUUCACAAUCACCAUUUCUUUUCCAGGUGCAGUUGUCUGAGACUCGGAUAUGCGACCAUCUUGUAUGUCUACAUCGAAUAAAUGUAACUUGCGAUAA